GAGGCAGCUACUUGCCCCUCCUCAUCCUGCCAGUGGUGGUAUCUUUUUAUCGCUAACCAUCCCUGUGGAAAAAGAAGAUGCCUCUGCCUUUUGGGUUAAAGUUGAAACGAACUCGACGUUACACGGUAUCCAGCAAGAGCUGCUUGGUGGCUCGUAUCCAGCUCCUCAACAAUGAAUUUGUGGAGUUCACGCUGUCGGUGGAAAGCACGGGCCAGGAAAGUCUGGAAGCUGUGGCUCAGAGGCUGGAAUUGCGGGAGAUUACUUACUUCAGUCUGUGGUAUUAUAAUAAGCAGAAUCAGCGCAGAUGGGUAGAUUUGGACAAGCCUCUGAAAAAGCAACUAGACAAAUAUGCCUUGGAGCCAACUGUGUAUUUUGGGGUAGUGUUCUAUGUGCCUACUAUGCCAGCAUUAGCUUCUUCUUUUUUUCCGUGUAGGUAUCAGUAUUAUUUGCAAUUAAAGAAAGAUAUCUUGGAGGGCAACAUUCCUUGCACACUGGAGCAAGCAAUACAUCUGGCUGGUUUAGCUGUUCAAGCUGAUUUUGGAGACUAUGAUCAGUAUGAAUCUCAGGAGUUUCUACAAAGAUUUGCCUUGUUUCCAGUGGGCUGGCUACAAGAAGAAAAGAUACUGGAAGAAGCAACACAGAAAGUUGCCUUGCUACAUCAAAAGUACAGAGGCCUUAGUCCUCCUGAUGCAGAAAUGUUAUAUAUGCAAGAAGUAGAGAGAAUGGAGGGCUACGGUGAAGAGAGCUAUCCUGCAAAGGACAGCCAAGGAAGUGAUAUAUUCAUUGGAGCAUGUCUUGAUGGUAUCUUCGUGAAACACAAAAAUGGUCGGCCUCCUGUUGUAUUUAGGUGGCAUGAUAUUGCCAACAUGUCCCACAACAAAUCCUUUUUUGCACUAGAGCUGGCAAACAAGGAAGAGACAAUCCAGUUCCAAACUGAAGAUAUGGAAACAGCAAAAUAUGUGUGGAGGAUGUGUGUGGCUAGGCACAAAUUUUACAGACUAAAUAAAUGCAGCCUACAAACCCAGCCCGUUACAGUGAAUCCUGUUAGAAGGCGAUCUUCUUCUAGGAUGUCUUUGCCCAAGCCUCAACCUUAUAUGAUGCCUCCACCACCUCAGCUGCAUUAUAAUGGUCAUUAUACUGAACCGUACGCAUCAUCCCAAGAUAACCUGUUUGUGAGCAAUCAGAACGGAUAUUACUGUCAUUCUCAGACUAGCUUGGACAGAGCUCCUCAUGACUACAGUGGCCGAAUCCGCAAUGGUAGUGUCUAUAGCGCCCAUAGCACAAACUCCUUGAAUAAUCCACAGCAUUACCUGCAGCCGUCACCCAUGUCUUCCAACCCCAGCAUUACUGGAAGCGACGUCCUCAGAACCGAUUACGUCCCGUCGCAUAGACAUAGUGCACUAAUACCACCUUCUUACCGGCCCACGCCGGACUAUGAAACAGUAAUGAGACAGCUCAACAGGGGAAUGAUGCAUUCAGACAGACAAAGCCAUUCAAUGAGAAAUCUUAACAUCAGCAAUUCAUAUGCUUACAGCAGGCCUGAUGCCUUAGUUUACAGUCAACCUGAAAUACGAGAACAUGCUCACUUCACUUCCCCGCAGUCUAAUCAUUACCCAUUUAACCUAAAUUACAGUUUUCAUAGCCAAUCCCCAGUUGUUGGGGCGGUCAGUGUGCCUGAGCUAACAAAUGUACAACUGCAGGCUCAAGAUUAUCCAGCACCAAACAUAAUGAAGACCCAAGUGUAUCGACCCCCUCCCCCGUACCCAUACCCAAGACCUGCCAAUAGUACCCCGGACCUCUCCCGCCACCUCUACAUUAGCAGCAGCAACCCGGACCUCAUUACCCGCCGAGUGCACCAUUCCGUCCAGACAUUUCAGGAGGAUAGCCUGCCUGUUGCACACUCUCUUCAGGAAGUCAGUGAGCCUCUGACAUCGGCACGCCAUGCCCAGCUGCAGAAGAGGAACAGUAUUGAAAUAGCAGGCUUGACUCCCAGCUUUGAAGGUAUAAGAAUUAAAGAGAGGACCAUGUCAGCAUCUGCAGCAGAUAUGGCUCUUCCAAGGGUUAUCUCAGAAGGGUCACAGCCCAAUAUCCUGAUGGACAGGACAAAACAAAAAGAAAAUGCGCAAGAAGGCAUGAAUUGUGAACAUAAGAAAACCCUUUCAGAUGCUACUAUGCUGAUUCACAGUAGUGAAGAAGAGGAAGAAUUUGAAGAAGAAAACAAAGCUAGUACAAGCCUGUCCCCUCUCCCUGAAGAUCAAGCCCAACUUUCGACCGUUAUGAGUGGUUAUUCUCAUGAUUCUGUACUGAGCUACCCAUAUAGCUCUGUUGCUUCAUCUGCUGGACCUUUGCAUAUUCUUGACCCUAAAUUACAUAUUACGGAGACAGAAAAGAGAAUGAAGGAUAUGAGCCCAGUUCAUUUACUGGUAGAAAGCCAGGUACAGAGAAGAGGGGAAGGACUGCUUACUCCAUCUAUGUCGGAGUCUGACCUUACAACAUCAGGGAGAUACAGAGUAAGAAAGGAUUCAGUAAAGAAGCGACCUGUGUCUGAUCUUUUGUCUGGGAAGAAGAAUAUUGUGGAAGGCCUUCCCCCGCUAGGUGGCAUGAAAAAGAAUAAAACUGAUGCAAAAAAAAUAGGGCCUCUAAAGCUAGCUGCCCUAAAUGGACUGACCUUGAGUAGAAUGCCUCUGCCAGACGAGGGGAAGGAGGAGUCCACAAGAGCAACAAAUGAUGAACGGUGUAAAGUUCUGGAGCAACGGCUGGAGCAGGGAAUGGUGUUCACGGAAUACGAGCGCAUUCAGAAGAGGCGGCUUACGGAUGGGGAGUGCUCAAUAGCUCGGCUUCCAGAAAAUGCUGAAAGAAACCGGUUCCAGGAUGUCCUUCCUUAUGAUGACACCAGAGUGGAGCUAGUCCCAACCAAAGAAAAUAACACGGGUUACAUCAAUGCAUCUCAUAUCAAGGUCUCUGUUGGUGGCAUCGAAUGGGAUUACAUUGCUACACAGGGCCCUUUGCAGAACACAUGUCAAGAUUUCUGGCAGAUGAUUUGGGAACAAGGGAUUGCCAUCAUAGCAAUGGUCACAGCAGAAGAAGAGAGUGGGAGAGAAAAAAGCUUCAGAUAUUGGCCACGUCUUGGCUCAAGACACAACACCGUCACGUAUGGAAGAUUUAAGAUUACAACACGAUUCCGUACGGAUUCAGGCUGCUAUGCAACUACGGGAUUGAAGAUCAAACACCUUCUCACAGGACAGGAGAGGACAGUUUGGCAUCUGCAGUAUACUGACUGGCCAGAGCAUGGCUGUCCUGAGGACUUAAAGGGAUUUCUCUCCUACCUGGAGGAGAUCCAGUCGGUGCGGCGCCACACAAACAGCACCGCAGAUCCGCAGAGCUGUAACCCUCCUGUGCUGGUGCACUGCAGCGCGGGCGUGGGGCGCACGGGGGUGGUCAUCCUGUCAGAGAUCAUGAUUGCUUGCUUGGAACACAACGAGAUGCUGGACAUCCCACGAGUGCUGGACAUGUUGAGGCAACAGAGAAUGAUGAUGGUGCAGACUCUUUCUCAGUACACUUUCGUCUAUGGAGUUCUCAUCCAGUUUCUCAAAAGUUCUAGGCUUAUAUAAUCCCUGCCACUUCCUAAGGGACACGACGUGAGUUUACAAAAGUAAAAUUUCAGUUGUCCAGGCAGCCUGGCCCCUACUGACGUUUGCUUCCUAUGCUGAGUCACAGAGUUACUUUUCAAGACUAGUAUGUGACUGUUAAAUGCAAGUCCCUGUAACAGUCCUUGCAAAGCAGGAUCUUCGCUGGGCUACAUUCUUCCCGUGUUCAGCUGCAGUUAUAGUAGGAAAUGAUCCUCCUUGUUCUGUUUUGUAGAACUUGCACACU